AUGACUGACAUGCUGCCUAUCAAGACUGCUCAAUUAAAGUUGCCUGACCAAGACAUCAUCAAGGAAAUGAUUCGCAUCUAUCAAGAAGCUUACAAGAGCGAUGAACGCGUUCAGCUUAAGUACAUCUUGCCAGAAUACAUGGAAAACAUGGCAGAGACCAUUGCCAAUCGUGUUAAAAGGGCUACAUGGGAGUUCAUCGUUGCGACAAACGAGAGUUCAACUCGAAUCCUCGGAUGGCUCGCACUAGCCUUCAAACUUGAGAACGAGAAACAACUCAGCGAAGAGCACGUGCUGUUCGUCCAAUACGCUCUGCUACCGGAUAUUGUAGUGAAAGGCAAGAGUCAAGGUAUCGGUUCGGACGAAAUGGGGAAGAUGGCACGCUCGCUGCUUAAGGACUUCAAAGAUGCGCGAGAGAGACAAUUGCCUGAUAAGCAUUGCAUCCUUAGCACCCUCGUUGUGGAUCCCAAGUACCAAAACAGAGGCAUCGCGUCAGCGUUGCUCACGAAAGCCAUCAAUCGUUCCGAAGUCUGUUCAUUCCCAAUCUGGGUGCAAGCUCCAGAAGCCUGUCAGCCUCUUUUCACGAAACAUGGCUUUGAGGAAGUUGACGAGUACCAACUCGAUCUGGAUAAAUUGACGCCGGAGGGAAAAGGCAAGAAAAAGGCUGUUUCCAUUCCGGGGAAACACGUCUGGAAAUUCAUGGUCCGUAAGGAAUCUCUGGACCGGGAGAUUGAAGCAUACAGAUCAUCGAAAAUGUUUCCAGCGGAUGAGGCAAAGCGGGUCGAGGCAGAGCGGAAGGCUGAAGAAACACGGCUCGGGAAGGGUAAACAGCCGGCAUAUGGAAAGCGUAUGCUCGGGUGGAUUUCAAAAGCCUUUGCAGAGGGUGAAGCGGAACCCGGACCGACAGAGCCACUACUUGGGAUUGACGAGAGAUCAGCGGGUAAAGACAGACUGGCUGCUCGAAGUGAUGCAGAAGUGGGUCCCUCCACGCCGCUGCUCACUAAAACAAGUUCCAAGCGCGAUCAGAAAAAGGCGCAGAAAGAAAAAGUGGUGGGAGAUGUGAUCAGUGGGGAGAGCGUGGAUGCUCAUAUUGGUGCAGAAGCAGGCCCCUCCACGCCGCUGCUCACCAAAUCAAGUUCCAAGGGCGGUCAAAAAAAGCCGGCGAAAGAGCAAGUAGUAGGAGACGUAAUGAUGUCUUGA